AUGGAUGCAGAGUCAACUACUAGUAAUAAAAAAAACGAAAAAUAUAAUACAAAUAACCAACGUUUGAUAGCCGAAAGUGGUGGACGUUGUAUGAGUACACAAGCAAUGCAAUCGCUUUAUGAUUUCCGACAGAAUAAUCUGCUUUGCGAUGCAAUAUUAAGACUAGAAGAUGGUGGUGUUUUUCCAAUUCAUCGAGCUAUACUUUCGGCAUGCAGUACUUAUUUCAGGACAUUAUUUACGACUACAUUGCAUUCUCGUGAAAAAACUGAUGUCCUUCUGCCAGGUGUGACAAGUCCAAUGAUGAAUCUUCUGCUGGAAUACGCAUAUUUAAGAUCCAUUGAUGUGAAUCGGGAAAACGUAUGCGAAUUGUUGACCACGGCGGAUUAUCUAAGCAUUGUAGGUGUACUCGAUUUGUGCUGUGACUAUUUAAGAGAUAAUUUAGCACCGGAAAAUUGUAUCGGAGUGAUGAGAUUCGCCCGUCAACAUUUCUGCAAGAAGCUAGAAAAUGAUGCUUACCGUUUUAUUGUAGGACAUUUUGUCGAGGUGUCACAAAGAAGUGCAGAAAUUUUGCAUUUACCUAUUGAGGAACUAAAACCGUUAGUCGGCGCUGACGAAUUAAAUGUUAAAAGCGAGCAGACAGUUUGGGAACUAGUUCUGAGAUGGAUAAAUCACGAUCCAGAAUCUAGAAAAGAUUAUAUCGUCGAUCUAAUGAAAAAUAUCAGACUUGGUCUCCUAGACACGCAGUUUUUUCUGGAAAAUGUCAAAGAUCAUCCUUAUGUCGUGGGCAAUGAUGCAUGCAGACCUAUUAUCAUCGAAACUCUGAAAUUUUUGUAUGAUUUAGAGAUGAUUACUCAAAAAGAUGGAGAAGUACCAACACCGGAAAUUGCACGACCCAGAGUCCCUCAUGAGAUUCUGUUUGCCAUUGGUGGAUGGAGUGGUGGUUCACCAACAAAUUAUAUCGAGACGUAUGAUACGAGAGCAGAUCGAUGGAUUCCGAUCGAGGAAACAGAUCCGACUGGUCCGCGAGCUUAUCAUGGACUGGCGGUGGUUGGUUUUGAUAUCUACGUUAUCGGAGGAUUUGACGGCGUCGAUUAUUUCAACAGCUGCCGUUGUUUUAACGCGGUGACCAAGGUGUGGCGAGAGGUUGCUCCCAUGAACGCUAGAAGAUGUUAUGUCAGCGUAGCAGUCCUAAACAAUCUGGUUUAUGCAAUGGGAGGAUAUGAUGGAUACCAUAGGCAAAAGACGGCUGAACGCUAUAAUUACAAGACAAAUCAAUGGUCUCUUAUUGCGUCAAUGAACGUACAGAGGUCUGAUGCGAGUGCAACUACAUUAAAUGAUAAGAUAUAUAUUACGGGCGGUUUUGAUGGGCAUGAUUGUAUGAAUACGGCCGAGGUAUAUGAUCCAAGCACCAACCAGUGGACAAUGAUAACAGCAAUGAGGUCACGAAGGAGUGGUGUGUCGUGCAUAUCUUAUCACGGCUGUGUUUAUGUCAUUGGAGGAUUUAACGGAAUAUCGAGGAUGUGCAGUGGGGAAAAAUAUAAACCAUCUACAAACAGCUGGAGCCAUAUCCCCGAUAUGUAUAAUCCGCGUAGUAAUUUCGCCAUUGAAGUUAUUGACGACAUGAUUUUUGCUAUCGGUGGUUUUAAUGGUGUUACUACAACAUACCAGGUAGAAUGUUACGACGAGAAAACAAAUGAAUGGUACGAAGCGACAGACAUGAAUAUAUGCAGAUCAGCAUUGUCGGCCUGUGUGAUUAUGGGUCUUCCAAAUGUAUAUGAUUAUAUUCAUAAGCACCGUGAACGCCUGAUGGAGGAAAAGCGUCAGAAGUUACUGGCACACGAAGUACGUCGGAGUCAGCAUCAGCAACAGCAACAGGAGCAACAGCAGACAAGGCAAACUUCGCAACUCAGCCAAAUCAUACCGACACCACCACCUCUACCACGCUAAUAAAAUGAGAAGGAUAAUAAUAAUGAUCGGCAUAAAACCAAAUAUCAUUAUUAUGUAAAUCAGUCAUAUAUAAC